AUGACCGACGUCGUCAAGGUCGCAGUAACCCAACACGAGCCAAUAUGGUUCGAUCUCGCCGGCACAGUCGACAAAACAUGUCGGUUGAUAGAAGAGGCGGCACGUAACGGAGCGCAAUUGAUUGCGUUCCCUGAAGUUUGGAUCAUGGGGUAUCCAGCUUGGAUAUGGGCUCGAUCUCUAGAUUCGCGUCUAGCAACGUCUUAUAUCAAGAACUCGCUUUCCUACGAAUCCCCCGAAAUGCACAAGAUAUGUGCAGCAGCACGCUCAUCGAAGAUCGCAGUUGUACUCGGCUUCUCGGAAAACGACCAUAAUAGCCUCUACAUCUCGCAAUGCAUCGUCUCCGCUACGGGAGAGGUACUGAUGAAGCACCGCAAAUUCAAGCCCACGCACAUGGAGCGCACCGUCUUCGGCGACGCGGGCGGCUCCAGUUUACAUAAUGUCGUUGAUGUUGAGGGCGUGGGCAAAGUAGGUGCGCUAAGUUGUUGGGAACACAUGCAGCCGCUGCUCAAGUACCAUACAACGAGUCUGCGUGAGCAGAUCCAUGUUGCUGCAUGGCCGCCAUUGUUUCCUUUUGAGGAGGGGGGCGAGGGCUUGUACAGCCUGAGCGCUGAGGGUUGCGCUGCACUUUCCCAAGCCCACGCAAUGGAAUCAUCCACCUUUGUUCUACACUGCACAGCCGUCAUGUCCUCAGCCGGCAUCGAGGCCCACAAGACGGCAGGAAACUUUUUGUUCGGCCAACCUGGUGGCGGGCAAUCUGCGGUGUAUGGGCCGGACGGUCGACGGUUGACUAAGCCAAUUCCACAAGAGGAGGAGGGGUUUAUAUACGCUGAACUACCCUUAGAUAUGUUGGUGAGUAUGAGGCAUCUUGCUGAUCCGAUUGGUCAUUAUUCCAGGCCGGAAUUGCUUUGGUUGGGUGUGGAUACGAGGGAGAAAAAGCAUGUUAGGAGGGAGGGCGGUGAGGAGCAGCAAGAGAAGGGGGAGCUGAAGAAGGUUGUUCAUGGUGCUGAUGGCUUUGAACAUGUGAGAGUCUGA